GGUCAGACAUGGUGACGUUCGCGGAGCAGUCGUGGGCCUUGUUUGGUGCCGGUGUUCGGGCGGUGCUGGAGGCCUGGCCGGCGCUGCGGAUCGCCGUGGAGAACAGCUUUGGGGGAGCCCACAGCCGCGAGAAGGCCCUGUGGCUCGGGGGAGCGGUCCGGGACUAUUUGGUCCAGAACGCUGACUUGGAGCAGGAUGAGGUCGAGGACUUCCUGGCUGACAUCAUGAGCACCGAAUUUGAUACCCUCGUAGAAGAUGGAAGCCUGCCCCAGAUGGGUCGGAAGCAGAUGGAGGUCAAAGCCAUGGAGGUCCGGACAGUCGACAAUAACUCAGACCAGGAGGAAAAAGUGGAUGGGGGAGCUGAGGAAAUGGAGGUGACUGACAGCAGGGAAACCCCUGCCCUGCCCUGCGGUACCCAGGCUGAUCCAUCAGCUGCCACUAGCCUGGCCUCCAUUGGGCAUGAAGCUGCUGAAGAGGGCUGGAUUGUCAUCCAGAGGAAAAAGAAGUGAGAGCCUAGGCCUUCCCCAGUGGCCUGGGCCGGGGCUUCCAGGUGUGCUCCAGGAUCUCUCAGGGAAGAGCAUGUUCUGAGCCUCUUGCUCCACCCCACGACAUCAUCUGCACAGCUAUGAAACUGGCCUAGAGCACCCAAAGGGGCCCCGGUCCAGGUGGAGUCUCUACUUGAGAGCAUUGGGUGCCUGGCUUUGACAUUUCACAGUGUCCCGUGAGCUUCGGCAAGUCACCUGACCUCUUUGGGCCUCCAUUUCCUCAUCUGUAGAAUUGGAGGGAUAGACAUUGACUUUGCUCUGCUUCACAGGGGAAUGGGGAUAUGAAG